UAUUUGAAUAAAUUCCUAUAUUUGAAUAUUUGAAUAAAUUCCUAUAUUUGAAUAUGUGUGCAGGUGUCUGUGACUGCAUCCUUAUUUGCGUUGCCUGGUCCUAAAUAAAUCCAACAUCACUGAAACCUCCGUGGACGUGUGUUCGUCCCCCAGGGGCCACGGGUAUAGAGGACCGUCUGCAGGACAGUGUUCCUGACACCAUCAUGACCCUGAGAGAGGCAGGGAUCCAGGUGUGGGUUCUGACAGGGUACGCCUGCAGGCUGCUGGACCAGGGAGAUCUAGUUAUCAACAUGAGAACCAACAACAAGGCAAUGUGUGCGUCCACCCUGGACUGUACUCUUGAAGAGGUGAGGCAGUAUGGAGGUCCAGGGGACCACAGCCCCUCCAUCGGCCUGGGGAUUGAUGGGCAUACCCUGGGCAUGGCUUUGGAGUCAGACCUGGUGGAGCGGUUUGUGGAGCUAGCUCGGCGCUGCCGCCCUGUGCUAUGCUGCAGGGUCACGCCUUUACAGAAGAGCACCGUGGUUAAGGUGGUUAGGGAGAGACUGAAGGUCAUGACCCUGGCUAUAGGAGACGGUGCGAAUGACGUGAACAUGAUCCAAGCAGCUGAUGUCGGCAUCAGUAUAUCGGGACAGGAGGGCAUGCAGGCUGUCAUGGCCAGUGACUUCUCCAUCUCCUGUUUUAAACACAUGAAGAAGUUUCUCCUGGUCCACGGUCACUGGUGUUACAGCAGACUGGCUAACAUGGCCAUCUACUUUUUCUACAAGAAUGUGACCUAUGUCAACUUCCACUUCUGGUACCAGUUCUACUGUGGUUUCUCGGGGACGUCCAUGAUUGACAUCUGGCUGAUAAUCUUCUUCGAUAACCUCUUCUUCACCUCCGCCCUGCCCAUCAUGUUCGGAGUGAUGGACAGGAACUUUGCCACGGAGACGCUGCUGGGCCUCCCAGAGCUGUACAGGAGUGGCCAAGGGUCAGAGGGAUAUAAUCACUUUACAUUUUGGAUCGCCAUGCUGGACGCCUUCUAUCAAAGUCUGGUUUGCUUCUUCAUUCCAUUUUGGACCUACCAUGGAUCAGACAUAGACAUCUACACGUUUGGAACUCCUAUUAACACCGUGUCUUUAUUCACAAUCCUUCUGCAUCUGGUCAUAGAGAUCAACACCUGGGUGAGUCACAUCUGGUUUUAG